UAUUCUCCAGAAAUGGGCAUCUCCAAAAUUGUGAAAUUUGUCAGUAAGCUAACUUGCAAUCACCACCUCACGUGCCAUCGUUCAACUGAAGGAUCUAAAUUAACCAAUCCAAACACUUUGAAAGCCUCUCGAAACUGCCACCCUCACCUAUCCUCUGUUUCAAUGUUGCUUGAACUUGAACUGGAAUUAUCCGGCACUUUUUCAUGGAUUCUCUCGUAAUAAAUAGAGCCUUCUCUUCUAACCUUGUUAACUCUAAUGACAUCACUUCUUUCAAUCUUUCUUCUUUUUGGUUUUUCAGAUUCAAGAAACUCAAUAAAUUGAAACCAUCUUUAGUUACUGCUUCAUACUCUAAUCCCCAAAACCCCAGCCAAGAAUGGCAAAAUCAAAGCUCAUACUUAAAACCCUUUUCACUUCUUCUUCCAAUUUUCAAGAAAGUCAAAGACUUUGCAACAAAAGCCUCAAAUAACAAAUGGGUCUCUGUUUUUAAAGGCCCUGAGAAUGUUCCUGAGAAGCUUAGUGGAAAUUUAUUGCAAAAUGGAAGUUUUGGGAUGGCUUUAUUGAGUAUAACUUCAACAGCAAAAGUGAAAAUAAGUCCAUUUGUAGCUACAUUAGCUGCUAACCCAACGUUUGUUUCGGGUUUUAUAGCUUGGUUUAUAGCACAGUCAAUGAAGGUUUUCUUGAAUUUUUGUGUGGAGAGAAAAUGGGAUUUUAGGAUUAUGUUUGCUUCUGGUGGAAUGCCUUCUUCACAUUCAGCUUUGUGCACGGCAUUGACCACUUCAGUUGCUAUUUGUCAUGGAGUUGCAGAUUCAUUGUUUCCUGUUUGUUUGGGAUUUACUUUAAUUGUGAUGUAUGAUGCUAUUGGUGUUAGACGGCACGCAGGGAUGCAAGCUGAGGUUCUCAAUCUGAUUGUUGAGGACUUAUUCGAAGGGCAUCCCAUCAGUCAAAGAAAGCUAAAAGAACUUCUUGGCCACACCCCAUCGCAGGUUUUUGCUGGGGCUGUGUUGGGUAUUAUGGUUGCUUGGAUGUGUAGUCAGGGUUGUUUAAUUGCAACCUAAUCAGCUUCACAGGUAUACUUGCCAAUAACUAGGAAGUUAACCGUUACAACUGUACAAGAAGCACUGGCUUUUCGUAUGAACGGUUGAUACUUAUGUUCAUCCCCUUGUAAAAGGAAAAAAAUAAUGUUCUGCAACCAAUGCAAUUGGUUAGCAUUCUGAAUUUGUACUCUGGUAUGUUCAAGCUUUUAGGAUUUAGUGAUCUGCUUUUGAUUUCUUCCAUUACAUUGUAGCUAUUCUUCCAGGUUAGAAAACUGUAUCAUUAUAGCUUUUCUCCUAAGUAUGGAGAGUAUGGGACUGUCUUGAGUGAUUAUGUGCCUUCUGAGACUCUUAGUUUUAUUUUCAGUUUGCAUUCAUCAUUCCUUUUUGUAACUGUAUCUAUCUGACAUUGAAUUACAUGAUGAAGAAGAGGAUUUGCAAUGA